AUGAGGUUCUCCAUCCUUUCUAUGGGUCUUUUGGCCCUCCUUACCCCGUUGACUGCAGCAUGGACGAAAGAAGAUCGCGAGAUCUUCCGUCUGCGCGACGAGAUCUCCCAGUAUGAGGGUGCCAAUGUCACCUUCUACGAUUUCCUCGGUGUCUCACCGCGCGCCACCCAAGACGAGAUCAGCAAGGCUUACCGCAAGAAGUCUCGUGAGCUGCAUCCAGAUAAAGUCAAGCAACAGUUAUCGGCCGAGCGUGCUAAGCAGGCUAAGGCAAAGGGCAAGGGGAAGAAGCCUGGUGUCCAUGUCACGAAGCAGCCUACACAGUCCGAAAUCAAGGCUGCUGUAAAAGCUGCCGGCGAUCGUCAAGCCCGUCUAUCUAUUAUUGCAAACAUUCUUCGAGGCUCUGGUCGUGCCCGUUAUGAUCAUUUCAUGUCUAACGGGUUCCCUGUAUGGAAGGGUACUGAAUACUACUACAGCCGUUAUCGGCCAGGGCUAGGCACCGUGCUAUUCGGGUGCCUGCUCGUGGGCGGCGGUGGCUUCCACUACAUAGCCCUAUACAUGAGUUGGAAAAGGCAACGCGAAUUCGUUGAGCGGUAUAUCAACUUCGCAAGGCAGGCCGCUUGGGGUGACAACCUCGAAAUUCCAGGUGUCGAUACACCUACCACCGCUACACCGCCUCCUCAAGCACCCCCAGCAGACGACGACCAACAACCCCCGAUGGCGAUGAACCGCAAGCAGCGGCGGCUACAGGAGCGGGACCAACGCAAGGAAUCGUCCAAGGGAGGAAGACGCCAGCUACGCGGUCGGGGACGCCCCGGGCAGCAGGCGAGUGGAAGCGCAACACCAAUACCGCAAACCCAAGGAGCCGGCCCAACAGGCGCUAAGAAGCGUGUCGUGGCUGAGAAUGGUAAAGUCCUAGUUGUCGACUCUCUCGGCGAUGUGUACCUGGAGCAAGAGGACGCAGAUGGCAAUGUAGAGGCAUUCCUUCUCGACCUCAACGAACUCCCCCCGCCUACAGUCAAGGAUACCGCACUCGUCAAACUCCCUAUCUGGGCCUACUCAGCCACUGUAGGCCGAGUCUUCGGCUCCCGUAAGCCCACUGACGACCUAGACGAUCAAGUUGACGAAGAUGACGAAAGGCAAGGCGCCGAUGAUCUCGUAGACGACUCCUCAUCCGACCAGCCGCAGCGAACACCCUCCACGGAUUCGGCCGAAGACUUCGAGCUCCUAGGGACUAGCGUCGAGGACCUACCCAGUAAGCCGAAGGUCACGGGUAGCCAAGCACAACAAAGCAACAAGGCCAAGAAAAGGAACAAGAAACGCUAG